AUGGCAGUUAUUGGCGCCCCAAAGGGCCACAACCGAUACAGAGACCCCAAAACCUACCAAAUGACUCCUGCCUUGUACAGAGUCAGAAAGCCAUUCUUCUGGAGAAACUUUGUGGGAUUUUUCCUUGUUAGUGCCAUCCCGUUGGGCGUCUACAUGUACACGUGGAAUGUUCUCAGUAAGGAUGAGUUUGCUGACAUUCCUAUUCCUCCAAUUAGCGACGAGGAGUUGGCCAAAUUGAAGAAAGAAUAUGAACUGAAAAAGUAG